CUCUUGAUCUGUUCAACUCCAUAGACUGGCCUGCCUGUCCAUCCAUAUCGCACCUCCGCACCAUCAAUUCCAGCCGUCAAUGCAUCAUCACCCAUCUCGCGAGCAAUAAACAGCCCACGAACCCAUCCCCAUGUACGGCGAACUCGGAAACAAGCUGGUCCAACAUGCCAAACGCACCCAAUCCCUAGCCCACCUCCCACCCUACCAAACCGAGCUCGUCCGGGCCGUCGCGCGCGAAGUGCGCGAUCUCGACCGCCACGUCGCCCACCUCCUCAACUCCUUCUCAGCCGAAGGCUUCAACCCCUCCGCCGACCCCGCCACAGCAUGCGCCCUCCUCGUCGACCACCUCAGCAUGCGGCGCAACAAGCGCUGCCUGCUCGCGUACCACCGCGUGCGGACCGCGAAACUGGAAGAGCUGUGCUGGACGGGCGUCGACGUGCUGGAGCAGCAGCUGCCCGCGGAGGAGGGCGGCGACGCGCCGGGCCCGACGAGCAUGAGCUCGGCGCAGGCGGUGGGGCAGCACAGCUCGCUGAGCCCCGAGGAGGAGGAGUAUUUUCGGCAGUAUAGUGAUAUGUUGGCUGCUUAUAAGGGGCAGUGGACGGAUGUGGAUCUGACGGGGAGUUUGGAGCCGCCGAGGGAUCUUUUUAUUGAUGUUCGGGUGUUGAAGGAUGCAGGGGAGAUUCAGACUGAGUAUGGGGCGAUUAAUUUGACGAAGAAUAGUCAGCUGUACGUACGACAGGGCGACGUCGAACGGUUGAUUGCGCAGGGAUUUCUGGAACGGCUGAGUUGAUGGUUUAUGGAUGAGGAUGCAUGGUUCAUUGGUUUAUGUUUUAUGAUACCCAC